AUGGGAAUUCUUUGGUCCAGUUUUGCUAGUGGGGCACACGCCGCAUCGUCCAUGACUGCCGCCAAGCCGACAAUCUUGGGGAGUAACGCGGUCAAUAACUUUGCCGGAGCCUUCCCGACACUCCGAGUCGUCUCGACAGCCCUGCUUCUCGUGUCCUCUUUUGGAGGUGUCCUUCUCCAACUGGCAUUACGACAGCUACAAUAUGGGGCAGCCUGGUACAUGACGCAACUAGCGCUCUACCCCGUGCUCACCAAGAGUGCAACGGCCGCUCUCAUUGGGUACAUUGGGGAUUACAUGGCGCAAUGGCUGGAGUACAAACUGGAGCAGAAUCAUCAGAAAGGCGUAAUCGGCGGCGGCUCCUGCGACGGUACCCAACAACACCACAAAAUCUCUCUGAACAGUUCAAAUUCAAGGGUCUCCGCCCGUAGUAAUCUGUCUAUCCAUGGCACCUACGAUCUGCGACGUGGUCUCUCCAUCAUGACGGACGGCUUACUUAUCUCCGGACCGCUCAUGCACUUUGGAUACGCAUUCUUUGAACACCUCGUGCCCGUUUCGACUUCGCCCCUCGCUGCGAUGUUACACGUGAUUGCUGAUUCUAUUCUGCUCGAUAGCAUCUUUGUCGCCACCACCUUUCUCGUCACCGGAUUGUUUGAAGGGUACCGGUGGCAACACUUGUCGUCGCAUUUACGAUCCGAUUACUCCUCCACCCUCAAGGCCAGUUGGGGCACCAGUCUGGCACUCAUGCCACUCGAAUUCGUCUGCUUCCGAUACUUGCCAGUAAGCCUGCGAGUCUUGGCCGUCAACUUUAUUGACGUGGUUUGGGAUGCCGUCAUCAGUUUCAUGGUGCACCGGAAGCGCAAAUCCAAGCAAGUAACCACGGAAAGUCUGGGGACCGCCACAAAUGAUGCCGUGCUUUGUGACGAACCCACACUGCGACGGCCUAAAAUUGAACCGGCAUUUGCAUCCUAA